GCCGUGCCCCCGCCGGGCCGGGAUGGCAGCGGGACAGACGGACGGCGGCGGGACGACGGGACAGCGGGACGCUCCGAUCCGGAACGGAGCUCCGCGGCGCGUCCGUCCCCACUCCUGCCGGUGCCUCCGGGGGAUAUUUUCCCUUCUCCCCAUCUCUCCGGAGGGGAAAAGCGAGGAGCUGCCAGUGGUCCUAAAGGCAGAGCCCACCGGCGCUGCCCUGCGCUGACCGCCCCAUGCCCCCAUAGCGCUGCGCCGUGCCUGGGGCGAUGCUGUGAGCUCCGCUCGGAUGGUCUGAGUUCCUCCCUGCCCUCCACUCCUCUUGCCCAGAUGCAGUGGAUAAUAUUCAUGUUGCUGUUAUUCAUCAGCUCCAUGGAAAUGCUCUCGCAGAACCGAUGGAAGAAGCAAGCCCCUGUCCUUAUCCCCGCAGUGAACGCCGGGCUCUUGGAGAACUGCACGGGCUGCGUCCUGUGCUCGGAGGAGAACGGCUGCAUCACCUGCCACCACCGGCUCUUCCUGCUCAUCUGGAGGGACGGCAUCCGCCAGUACGGGGUGUGCGUCCACACCUGCCCCCCCGGCUACUUCGGCGUGCGGGGUCUGGAGGUCAACAGAUGCACAAAGUGCAGGUCGCCCAGCUGCGAGAGCUGCUUCAGCAAAGACUUCUGCAUGAAAUGCAAGGAGAAGUUCUACCUGCACAAAGGCCAAUGCUUCCGCCAGUGCCCCCCCAGCACCGCGGCGCAGCCCGGCACCCGCGAGUGCCAAGAAACGUGCGAGCCGGGGCCCUGGAGCGAGUGGAGCGCCUGCACUCACGAGGGCCGGAGCUGCGGCUCUAAAUGGGGUCUGGAGACGCGGGUGCGCGAGGUGCCGGGCACCCCACGGGAGGAGGGGGCUGCGUGCCCCGCGCUGCUGGAGAGCCGCAGGUGCCGCCUGAGGAAGCAGUGCCCGGGAGGAAUGCAGAGACAACCGGAGGGCAUCGCCUGGGGGAGCUGUGACAGCCGAGUCCUCAUCCUGCUCUGAGAUGUGCCCUCGGGAUAAGGCAUCGUCCUGUCCUGCACGGUGGUCUCCCUGAUUUUGAUCACCUCCCAUCCCUGGGUUUCCUCCCGCUGCUGUUCCCCAGCUCUGGGAUUUGGGGCUCUGCAACUCCGGGCUGCAGCACGGGGGCUCCUCGCCACCUCUCCCAGCUCCCAGCCCAGAGGCACUGGGUUGGCAAUGGGAACCGGGAGGCGGCUGAUGUCACUUUUGGAUGGAACCAGAUGGACCGAAAGCUGCUCUAAUAAAUCUCUGCUUAAUAACUGGCAGAAAGGCAGAUUGCAUGAGAUACUGAUCUGUGAGCUUUAGAAGGAGAUCUGAACCACCGGCCCUGGCAUUGCACAUAUCGGAGCUGCAGGUUUGCUGUGUGUCGUGCGAGGUGGUGGCAGCAGGAGGGAAGGGCUGGAGGAAGAUGGGAGUAGCUGCAGCCAGGUGUGCUGGGGCUGCAGAGCCAAGAGCACAGCUUCAUCAGAGCACCAUCAGUCAUAAGUAACACUUCAUGCUGACAGCGUGGAGGAGCUGAUAUCCUGCCCUGCUAAGGCAGCUUUGGGAUGCCAGGUGGUGAUGAUGUGGGGAAAUGUGGCUGCACUGCCCGUGGCCCCUCGAAGCUGGUGGCGGCGGGAUGUUCUGCUCUGCAGCACGAUGCCAUGCAGGUGCUGGAGAUGUGUGUGCACAGCUCGGUGCCCCCACCGUCAUCCCUCUGUGGUGACCAUAGGUUUGGAGACACCACAUCUCAUGGGGUGACCUGAGCUGCAAACCUCGAGGCCACAGGGAUGGGCUCCGGGGCACAGCUGGGUGCUGAUGGGGAUCAGCUGUGGAAUUGGGUCUCUCCCUGAAAUAGAAGGAAGCCCCCGGUGCAGCGGUGCAGCUGCGUGCAGCCCCAGCAGCAGGAGAAGCCCCUCUGCUCCCCAUCCCCACGUGCCCACCCUCGCUCCCAGGCUCCCGUCCCAACCAGCUGAGCGCUGCCUUAUGGGAUCCAGAUGUUAUGGGACAGCGGGUUCGCUCGACGCGCCGAGAGCCAAAGGAAGGCACUGCCUCAUCCCAGCGCCGCGCUGUGCGGUGAGAGAUUUGUGCUACCACUUCUGAGCCGGCCCCUGGAAGCGAGCAGCAUCGGCGCUUGGCCCAGGCACAAAACCAUCCACGCUGCUGUAAAUCUGCCUUGUGUCCCCGCCGUGCUCCUUUCCAGACGCUUGGCAUCCGUGCUGUGCCCUUUCCUUUGUGGGUGGCAAUUGUCUGGGAGAUCAGAGCAGAAAAACAGAGCUGAGCAGGAAAAGAGAUGGUGCCCUCGGAAAGGAGCAGCAUCACCAGCGCUGGAAUGCGCCGCCGUGCUGCUCGCGCUCCGUGUGCCCGCAUGGCCCCAUGAAUCCACCUGGAUUUUGGGCAGCUCCCAAAUGUUCCCUGCCCCAUUGGAUCCUGCAGGUCUCAUCCCGCGUCCCGCUUUGCUUUGGGGUCUCAGCACUGUCCCCACCGACCUGCAGACUCGGGAGCUGGAGGGAUGCUUGGGGGAGGCAUGGAUGUACCCACGUCCCACCUAUGUCCCAUCCACGUCCCACCCGUGUCCAACCGACCUGCUCCCACCUCCUCACUCCUUGCACAGAGGCAAGGCUCACUGCUUUGACCCCAUCAUGCAUGCCUGGAAGCUUUGGGGACAUCAAAGAUUUGGGGUCCGGCAAUGUGUCCCUGUGCCCACACACCCAGCACUGCUCCAUGGAGAGCCCCACAUCCCCCCGUCCCACAGAUGGGACUCAGGACGGAUCCAGGUGGCAGCACUCACCCACCUACAGGAGGGACCCCACUGCCCAUCCCCAGUGAGCGACCCCUCUUUUUCUCCUC